AUGCCUUACCAGGUAUACACCAACACCAACCACAACGCCAUCAUGCAUCCGUCCCGUCAGGCAUAUGUGAACGAUGAGAAAGAGGAUACCACCCUUGACCUCAGCAGUGUCCCCCUCGACACCAACUACCACCUACCUGCGACAACUAUCGGCGGCGAGGCCCAGCAUGCUUCGACAGUGUUCAAUGAGUUCGCGCGGAAACGCAAGGCUGCAGCCCUCGCUGUGCCCACCGACGACCAGCGAGUGCGCACCGAGCUCCGUGCCCGAGGUCAUCCUAUCACUCUCUUUGGCGAGCGCAAAGAGGACCGAAGAGAACGCCUGCGCGACUUGCUAUUGCGCGAGCAGGAGGGAGGAGCUGUAGGCGACGAUGACGAUUCGAUGGCAGAUGCUGAAGAGGCGGAUGACGGCGACGAGGAAGGCGAAUUCUACAUCGAGGGAAGCCAGGAUCUUCUGUCAGCACGUCGAGAUAUUGCGCGGUACUCGUUACCGCGCGCUGCUCAGCGCCUAAAGCGUCAGAAGGAAGAGAGCAAGAUUCCCGUGGCCACGCAUGUGAAGCACAGGAAAGCCAUUAAAGAGAAGCUUUCCAGCGUCGAACUUUUUGGCAGUCAGAUCGCCAGCGAACGUCCCGUCAGCCUAACACGAUUUGCGCCCAAUGGAGAGCUGCUAGCGUGCGGAGACUGGGGAGGCACUCUCAAGCUGCUGGAUGUGCCGACACUGGAGACGAAUUUGACGUUGCGAGGCCACAAGGGCAUGAUUGGAGGCAUUACGUGGUUCCCAGGCGCAACAAUACCUGGCUCAAAUGUUGCAUCAGGCGAUGUCAAUCUUGCUACAAGUGCAGCCGAUAACGAGAUACACUUGUGGUCACUGGCCCAAGACACACCCGUGGCAACACUGAGUGGUCACGGCGCGCGAGUGUGUCGGAUAGACGUUCAUCCUUCAGGACGUUACCUUGCAAGCGCCAGCUAUGAUACGACGUGGCGUUUGUGGGACGUCAACACUACCACGGAACUGCUCUUGCAAGAGGGUCACAGCAAAGAAGUCUAUUCUAUUGGCUUCAACGAGGAUGGCAGCCUUAUAGCAUCUGCUGGGCUGGACUCGAUCGGCCGCAUCUGGGACUUGAGAACCGGCAGAACUGCCAUGAUCCUCGAAGGGCACAUUGGGCCCGUUCAUGCACUGGACUGGAGCUGCGACGGGUAUCGCGUCAUGACUGGCAGUUCUGACGGCUUUGCGAAAUGUUGGGAUCUCCGUGCCGUGCGAGAAACCGCUAGCAUAGGUGCUCAUGUUGGUGGUGUGUCUGACCUGAGAUGGUUCAAGGGCAAUGACGGACCACUGUCUACUUCACCCGAGAAGAUGGACACAAUCAUGGCCGAUGGUGACAGCGACGUGGCUACUGAGCCUCAGCCUAAGAAGAGCGGCACCUUCGUCGUCAGCAGCGGCUUCGAUAAGAAUGUCAACAUCUUCUCGGCGGACGACUGGGCGUUGUGCAAAUCUCUAACAGGGCAUGACGGCACUGUGCUCUCGGUUGAUGUGACAGCGGACUCAAAGUGGAUUGCAUCCUGUGGACGAGACAGAACCGUGAAGCUCUGGGCGAGAGACGCCAUGGACGGUAUUUGA